CAGGUGACAGAAUGGAUUUUACAGCGACUAGCAUGCCCCCUUCUUCUUCGCCUCCUCCAGGGGGCAGGACUAGCCUGGAGACUGUGGAUAUAGUGGUGCUGGUAGUCUAUUUUCUACUUGUUCUGGCUGUUGGCUUCUGGUCCAUGUGGAGGACGAAGCGCAGCACAGUGGAUGGAUACUUCCUGGCUGGGAAAAACAUGACCUGGUGGCCGGUGGGUGCGUCACUGUUUGCCAGUAACAUUGGCAGUGGACAUUUCAUCGGCCUGGCAGGGUCAGGAGCUGCAGCAGGGAUUGGCGCUAUUGCAUAUGAGUGGAAUGGUAUGCUGAUGGUGCUGCUGCUGGGAUGGCUCUUCCUGCCCAUUUAUAUCGCCUCUGGGGUGACGACCAUGCCAGAAUACUUGCAGAAACGGUUUGGUGGGAGAAGAACACAGUUGUUUAUAACUGUCCUGUCCUUAUUUAUUUACAUCUUCACAAAGAUAUCGGUGGACAUGUAUGCAGGUGCACUCUUCAUCCAGCUCGCCUUACAGUGGGACAUUUACCUGGCUGUGGUGCUGCUGCUGUCAGUCACAGCUCUCUACACUGUAGCAGGUGGUCUGGCUGCAGUUAUCUACACAGAUGCUGUACAAACUGCUAUCAUGCUGGCAGGAUCGCUUACCCUCAUGGGCUUCAGCUUUGUGGAGGUCGGAGGCUGGAAUGCUCUGAUGGAGGGAUACGGCAAAGCCAUCCCUUCAGUUCGUGUGCCAAACUCAACCUGUGGCAUCCCUCGACAUGACUCCUUCCACAUAUUCAGAGACCCAGUGAACUCUGACCUGCCUUGGCCUGGGGUCAUCAUCGGCAUGUCCAUCCCCUCCAUGUGGUACUGGUGUUCUGACCAGGUGAUUGUGCAGCGAUCCUUGUCUGCUAAAACCCUGACCCAUGCAAAAGGUGGAUCCCUGCUGGCCUGUUAUCUGAAGAUCCUGCCUUUCUUUGUCAUCAUGCUGCCCGGCAUGAUCAGCAGGAUACUUUACACAGAUGAUGUGGCGUGUGCAGACCCCGAGUUGUGUGAACAGAUUUGUGGAAACCCAGUGGGUUGUUCAGAUACCGCCUACGCCAGACUGGUCAUGGAGCUUCUGCCAACAGGGCUGCGAGGUUUGAUGAUGGCGGUAAUGAUCGCUGCCCUCAUGUCCUCUCUGACCUCGAUCUUCAAUAGUGCCAGCACCAUUUUUACCAUGGAUCUCUGGAAGUAUUUCAGAUCCCAUGCAACUGAGUGGGAACUUAUGUUAGUGGGCAGGGCGUUCGUGCUUGUGCUGGUGGUGGUGUCUGUGCUGUGGAUUCCUGUUGUCCAGGCCAGUCAGGGUGGCCAGCUUUUUAUCUACAUCCAGUCCAUCAGCACCUACCUCCAGCCACCAGUCUCCAUCGUCUUCCUCAUGGGCUGCUUCUGGAAGAGGACUAAUGAGAAGGGUGCAUUCUGGGGCCUAACUAUCGGCCUGUUGGUGGGCUGCAUCCGCAUGUUGUUGGACUUCAUUUACCCUGCACCCCUGUGCUAUGAGGAGGACGACAGGCCUGCGGUGUUGAAAUACGUCCAUUACCUGUACUUCUCCACGAUGCUGUCCUUCCUCACCCUGUUUGUGGUCGUCGUAAUCAGCCUGGCUACAGAGAAACCAAAACCAGAACAGAUCAGUCGUCUGACCUGGUUCACAAGGUUUGACGCAGUGGACCCCAAAGAGCAAGUCACAGUGGAGCAAGGCACUAAGACCUUAGAGGAGAUUACUACUGAGAUGAAUGAGAUGGAGGGAAGCAAUGGAAAGACACGUCACCGCAGGAAAGACUCUUCAUCCUCAGUGUCCAGCGUCCAGAGCCAGUCCAAGCUGAUGUCUGCCCUCUACUGGUUGUGUGGAAUGGAGAGAAGGAAGAAAGAAGACAGUAAUCCUGUGACGCCUCCUGAACCUGAACGGGCCAUCUGUUCUCUGGAAGAAAAGCCAUGUCUACGACACAUCGUUAACGUCAACCUCAUCAUUUGCCUCUCUGUAGCUGUCUUCAUCAUUGGCUACUGGGGCUGACAGGCAGGUUAUGACUCUUAAUGGACACAUGGUGUUUGGGGUGUACAGUAUUUUCUUCUUGCACUUUCUUCUAGUUUGAAGUAAAAUGAGAUAUGUUCAUACAGUGAUGCUAUUUUCCCUAAAACGGUUGCUUGUAAAUGAAUCAUAUGCCAAACUCGACAUACUGUACAUGGAAAGGAAACAUGGAAAUAUUUAAUACUCAAUGAUUAUGAUGACUGAUGCAGGUGAAGUUUUUUUUCCACACUUUGUAUCCACCUUUGUUUGACAUAUAACUAUGUUUGACAAAUAACUUUUGAGAAGAGGCUGACAACGCUGUAAAAUGUUGAACAAUCUUUAAUUAUUAAGAGUAAUGAUGCAUUGUAUGAUAAAGCCAACAUAAAAAUAAAGAAAUAAAAAAAAACAUAAUCAAACACCCCAACAAGGUAAAGAUUGUCAGCUGCAAUAAAAAAAAUAAUACACAAAAGAAGAAGAAUUGAAUUAUUUGGCUGUAUUUGGUCAUAGCUCUGAGCUUUAGUGGGAGUGAUCAGUUACAGGCUUUGUAUUGACAACACAGUUAUCACAAUCAGUGUCUUAAGAAAAUCCCGUUUUUAUGAUAAAAGCUCAUCUUUGAGCAUCAAUUUGGAGCUUGGUAAAUCAGGUCAGAUGAAAUCAAAUGGAAUUUCAGAUGAAAAACAAAAUAAAAUGGGUUA